AUGAGCAACUCAGCAGAGAAGCCUGAGGCAGAGUGCCUGGGAGAUUGCUGCGGCCAUGCCCAAGCCACACCCUCCACUGCUGCCUCGAGCGCCAGCACCCUCCCUCAGUAUUGCGACCAGGAUGAGAAAUGCGACGAGGCCUGCAUCAAGGCUGCUGCUGCACUCGAGUGCAAGCUCGCCUGCGAGACCGCCACCAAAGAGUGUGCCGGACAAGACUGCCACAGUGACGCUGACAAGCUCGAGGAGAAGCAUGGUCACGCCCAUGCCAAUGCUGACGGCCAUCCUCACGACCAUGAGCACGAUGAAGUUGGUCUCCAUGGAAGCGAGGCCUGCGACAACCACAUCCUCGCCGCAAUGGAAAAGUACUCGGCGUACCUUGAGACCGCUCGCUGCAUUUGCCGCAGCGUUCUGGCCUCUACCUCUAAAAUUGAGAAAGGGUGCGCUGGGUCGAUGUUACCCAUUGCCCCUCCCAUGCCUCAUGGCGUCUCUUCUGGCCACUUGUACCGCAAGGACCGCUCCACCGUGGGUCGGCGCCAUACUGCGAAGACGACCAGAACCUUGAACACCGAGGGGCAUGAGCAUAGGCAUCAUGGCCAUAAUCAUGGACACGAUACUGGGAAACAUGCCUGUGAUCAUGACCACGACCAGGAACAGGACCCUGAUACCUCCAAGGAGCGGACAGCUGCCUCCUUGAGCCACGGUGAUGUUGAGAAAGGCGCUACAACGGAGCACUUCUUGCUCAACGUCACCGGGAUGGAUUGCUCAGGCUGCGCCAACAACCUCACUCGUGCUUUCCAAAAUGUCCCGGGAGUGUCCAAUGUCCAGGUCAUCUUUAUCAACAACACGGCUGAAAUUGAUGUCGACACCAAAAUCACCAGCUUCGAGAACGCUAUCCGUCUCGCGCAGCGCGCCACUGGCUAUCAAUUGGUGCCUUUCUCGGCGGACAGUCAGUCCAUUGAUCUCGUCCUGGACACGCGCACAGCGAAAAGCUUUCAGGACAGUCUGCCAUACGGCGUCGAUUCUUGCACCAAAGUAUUGAAGAAUGUCUUUGAGGUUUACUACGACCCGUGCCUGAUUGGUGCAAGGGAGCUGGUUGACCGCUCGGGUGGUCAGUUGGCGCCGCCGCGCAAUGACAGAACCCUCGAUGCGGGCCAUCGCAGGCUCGUUUGGGUGGCUUCGCUAACCUUCGCGGCCUUCGUCUUCACCAUGCCGGUGGUAGUCAUGGAAUGGGGCGACUUUCAGACCAUCCCUCACCGCACCGUCCUCAUCAUCUCGCUGGUCCUCGCCACCGUCGUCCAGACACUCGCAUAUCCCGAGUUCUAUAAACCUGCUAUUUCCGCUUUGAUCUACAACAGGGUCCUAGAAAUGGAUAUGCUUGUCGUCAUCAGCAUCACGGCCGCGUACGGCUACUCUGUCGUUGCGUUUGGUCUUAUUUUCGAUGGCCGUGAUCUCGAGACGUCUCCAUUCUUCGAGACAAGUACUCUGCUUAUCACUCUGGUCCUUCUCGGUCGACUUCUUGCCGCCUGGGCUCGCAAACGAGCUGUCUCCAAGGUGUCUCUGAGGUCGCUGCAGGCUUCCACUGCGAUGCUACUCGACCCAGCAACGGACAUCACGAACGAAAUUGACGCACGUCUUCUGCAAUAUGGAGAUACCAUCAUCAUUCCACCCCAUUCUCAGAUUGUCACUGAUGCCGAUGUGUCACAGGGAACAAGCGAGGUUGACGAGUCGAUGCUGACAGGCGAAAGUCUUCCGGUGCUGAAGACUGUCGGUAGUUCUGUCAUCUCCGGCACAGUCAACGGCGCCGGGUCCCUCAAGGCAAAAGUGACAAGGUUGCCAGGCAAGAACACCAUCACCGACAUUGCGAACCUAGUCGAGCAGGCCCAGAGCUCUAAACCACGGAUUCAGGAUUUGGCUGAUAAGGUUGCCAGCUAUUUCAUUCCGGUCGUGUGCACCGCAGCCGUCAUCGUCUUCGUCGUGUGGCUAAUUGUUGGCCUGCGGGGCCGGAGGGACUCCGUCGACGGUGCCAUUGGUACCGCCAUCGGCUACUGUAUUGCUGUCCUAGCUGUGUCCUGUCCCUGUGCGCUUGGUCUAGCCGUACCCAUGGUCCUUGUGGUUGCUGGAGGCAUUGCCGCACAAGGAGGUAUCAUUAUCAAGACCGCCGACGUCACCGAGCGUGGACACAAGGUGACUGACGUGGUUUUCGACAAGACUGGCACUCUCACCGAAGGAAACCUUGACGUCGUGCACGAGGAAGUUUUCGCACAUGGAGACCUCGCACCGGGAACAGAUGUCUACUCGAUCGCCUUAGCCCUGGUCAAAGACAAUAAACACCCUGUCUCUCAGGCCGUGGCCUCCGUUCUGUCCAAACGACCAUGCCACCCUGUCAACCUUCAGGAUGUCGUCUCCGUUCCCGGCUGUGGCAUCGACGCCGCUUACAACAAUCUCUCCCUCCGCGCCGGUAAUCCCCGCUGGCUUGAGGUCGAUGCCCACCCGAAAGUACUCGCCCUUAAACAGCAAGGCAGUACUCUGCUGUGUAUCACUCUCAAUGGACAGCCGCUCGCCAUCUUUGGCCUGAAAUCGACCCUGCGUGCGAAUGCGCCGAAUGUGAUCCGGGAACUCGUCCGCCGCAAAAUUGCGGUGCACAUACUCUCGGGCGACAUCAUCCCUGCCGUGCAAGCCGUUGCAUCGACCCUCGACAUAUCCCCUGAGAAUGCCCACGCCGAGUGCUCCCCGGCGCUGAAGCAGGAGUAUAUCCGCGGUCUAAUGGAACAAGGGAAAACAACUAUGUUCAUUGGCGAUGGGACCAACGACGCUGUGGCAGUGGCCCAAGCCGAUGUCGGUGUGCAAAUCGGCGAAUCGGCAUCAGACGUCACUCGCGGCACCGCGGAUGUGGUGCUGCUGGGCGGACUGGACGGUGUGCUGGGCUUGCUUGACGUAUCCAAGGCUGCGUACCGCAGAAUCAUGUUCAACUUUGGUUGGUCGGCUACUUAUAAUGUCCUUGCAGUGCUAUUGGCUGGAGGGGCGUUCGUCAAGAUCAGGAUUCCACCUGCUUUUGCUGGGCUGGGAGAAAUCGUAAGCGUUUUGCCGGUCGUGGUGGCCGCGUUGACGAUGCCGAAGGUGAAGAAGACAAUGUGA